AUGAAGCGACUUCCUGUCCGAGAGGUCGGUCUGCUCUGUGAACGGCUGCAGUUAGUGCGUAGUAGUGAUGCAAAGGUGCAAGGCGUCCUCGCGGAGGGUAUUCGCACACGCGUCCUGGACAACAAUACGUUGCCUUUUCUUGUCCAGCGACUAGCGCUCAGCGGAAACUGGCAACUUGCGGUACAAGUGCUAGGAAGCGAGUGUCUUGACAGGCAACGUAUUGGACGCGACCACAACAUUUGGCCGAUUCUUGAGCGUGCGGCUCCAUGCAAUGAGAGUCGCGAUGCGAUUCGCCGUGCACUUAUACGGCUCUAUGGUGGGUCAUGCCGCACCCAGACAAAAUGA